AAAAUGAAAAGGAAUCACGAUUUUAGCUCAUCGGACAGCGAGCUGGACGAGAACAUUGAGGUUGAGAAGGAGAGUGCCGAUGAAAAUGGGAAUGUGAGUUCACCCCUUGGGCCGAUGUCUCCAUCAACAAAAACUCAAGUGAAUGCGAGGAAGCGCCGUCGAGGAAUCAUUGAAAAACGGCGCCGCGACAGAAUCAACAACAGCCUCACCGAGCUGCGUAGACUGGUCCCGAGCGCGUUUGAGAAGCAGGGGUCAGCUAAACUGGAGAAAGCAGAGAUUCUGCAGAUGACGGUGGAACAUCUGAAGAUGCUUCAUGCUGCUGGAGGAAAAGGUUACUUUGAUGCCCAUGCUCUGGCCACGGACUACCGAGGUCUGGGUUUCAGGGAGUGUCUGGCUGAGACAGCCCGCUACCUGAGCAUCAUCGAGGGGCUGGACAGCGCUGACCCCCUGAGGAUCCGCCUGGUCUCCCACCUGAAUAGCUACACGUCCCAGAGAGAGGCCCUCUCCAUCUCUGGGCUGGGGCACCUGGCCUGGGGCUCGGCCUUCGGGUCGCCCCCCUCCGCCCACCUGGCCCACCUCCUCCUCCGGCAGCAGCACCAUCAACAUCAGCAGGGGGCGACGUUACAGUUACCACGGAGCGCCUCCAACAGCCCUCCGUCAUCCUCCUCUUCUACUCCUUCAUCCUCCUCUCCGAUUGAGAGAGCGCCACGUUCCUCGCCCCAUGGCCAUGCUCCCAGCAGGCUUAGCGGUGCCACCCCCCUCUCUGAGCCCCUCCCCCCGGGACUGAACCUCACCGUGACCUCCUCAGCCGCCGUGACCGCCAAGCUCUCCCCUCCCCUCUCUCUGUCCUCCCUCUCCACCCUGUCGGCGUUCCCCUUCCCCUUCAGUGCCUUCCCCCUGCUGUCCCCCGGCACCCUCAGCCCCCCCGUCCACACCCCCUCCAGCCAAGCCAGCCUGGGGAAGCAGCCCUACCGGCCCUGGGGCAUGGAGAUAGGGGCUUUCUGAACGAUCUUUAACCCCCCUCCACACAGACUAAACUGACCAUAUAGAUCAAUAGAGGUCGCACCAUCACUAUGAACUCAACUCAGUUCACCAGCUGAGCAGGACCUUUCCAUGGCCAAGACAAUGUUUUUCUAGACCUUUCCAUGGCCAAGACAAUGUUUUUCUGGACCUUUCCAUGGCCA